AAGACCUCUUCGAUCCUCGAUCCCUAUAUCACCGAUCCUCAUUCACAGUCCACAAUCAUACUUGGAUAUCUAAGUCACAGCCUUGAACCCUAACCUUGAACAUUGUCACCUGACAAAAGACUAUAACUUUGUCUUGACAUCCUCUUCAAUACCUACAGCCAGGAUUUUGAUUCUAAUCCUGACGGUUGGGCUCCCAUACAACGACAAAUCUAUAUACACAUCGCCAUGGAUUACUUCUACGACCCAAACAACACGGUUCCACACCAAGCGUCAAUAUACGAUAUCCACUCAUCGACGUCAAGCUCACCAAAGCCAUUUGACCACUCAUUCAGCUUUGACUCUGCAUCAUUUCAACCAACAAGCCAGACAUGGACACCUAUGAACUUUGACGACUUGGGAACCUUUGACAACGACAGCCUUCCCGUUCCAGGCCCCGCCAGCUCAGUCAGCUCAGCAGACACAGAGAAAAGCACUCAAGAAGUGACUCGAAGUCGUCGACGCGCUCAAAACCGUGCAUCACAACGCGCAUUCCGCGAACGCAAGGAUCGCCACCUAAAAGGACUUGAAUUCCAACUCGAAGCCCUCAACGAAAAGCACCAGGAUCUUAUCCAGUCAUAUACGAAACAAUCCGAAAACGUCACCAAGUUGCAAACUCGCCUCGCGGAACUCCGGGCUGAGAUGAAAGCAUUGAAAUCCCUCAAUUCAUCUAGCUCGGCCGGCAGUUCCGGUUCUGGAAAUGCCAAUUCGUCUCGAAUCAGUCCGAAUGUUGGUGACAGUUUCGAUGCUUUCAGUUUCACCGUCGACAGUGGAUUCGACCUCGAUCCAAGAGGGAGAGGCGGCGAUGAUGCAUCGAACAUGAUGUGGCGAGAAGAUUCGUUUUCUUCUUCCACGAUGGGUGAUCAUGAUGGCGCUGAGGAUAUGCGAUUACCUGCAUUCGAGGACCUAUUGAGGAUGGCUUAAUGCGACCAGGCCCUGUCGCAUUUUUGGAUUUGGAUUUUCGCUCCUUUUUCUUGGAAAAAUAUUCCACGUUUUCAUGCAUACUCAUCCCAUGUAAUCCCAACCCAUUUAUACAUAUCAUUUGGGAAGGGAUUUUUCGGGCCAUACAACGAAACAGCGACAGGUGUCAGGAGUUGGAGGGAGGAGGUUUGCCCAUUUUAUCAUGAAUGGAUGCAUCUAUUGCCACCGAGGGCAUCACGGUCAAGAACGGUGUAUUUGAAUAUGGAGGCUGGCUUUCCAACGCCGGGAUCCCGUCUCUACGGGGUCGGAGAAUGACUAUGAUCAUGAUUGUAUUUUAUCAUCUUAUGUCUAGAAUUUUGCUGGCUGUGAAACCGUCUACCUAGACCCGACAGCCACGAUGCUAAUCGGAAUCAUAUUUCGAAA